GAACAUUGACCCUGAAAAGGGUGACAAUUUCGAACGAAGCGUCAUCAUGUAGUUAUGGCAAUUUCUACAAAAGACUCUCAGUACCACUCUUCUGAAUUGAUAAAAGACCUGAGAACAUAUAGACCAAAAUACCCUAUACCCAAAGAGCUGCUAGAUGUUCGUACCGAAGAGACAUUUUGUGCAUAUUGUGGUGUCAGUUAUCUUAUACUGAACGAAAUAAAGUUUCUUGAAGAUAAAUCCGAAAAUUUGAGAAAAGAAUUGGAACUUGUCAGACACAGACAAGGCUCCCAUUCAUCGACUCCUGGGGGCAAUGUUGGCUUGCCAUCAAAUGGUGAACGACAAGUAUCUGAAGAUAUUGAACGUCUAUUAAAUGAAAAAGCUGAAAUCAUCCAACAAUUAGAUGAUGCGAAUACAAAAUUAAUUUGUUACGAAGCUACUGAAAAACAAUUUAUCAAAGAACUUGCCAGAAGUCAAGCUGAGGUUUCAUAUACUCAAGAACAACUGAUCGAGCUGUUUGAUUAUUCAAAGAGAGUACGAAAUAAAUUAAAAGAGAAACUACGCACUGACAGUCUACUUCGUCCAAUAUUUGAUAGAAUCAACAGUUUAAGAGAUCAUAUAUCUACACUGAAUCAGUUAUAUAAUACUUCGCUUACACAAUUGAAUAAUCAAUAUAACGAGAUAACUAAUAAACUUGACUUAGUCACCUUGGAAAAAGAUUCAGCGAUUAAUAAGUUCAAUGAAUUAGAGUUAAAGUAUAAAGAAGAACGUAAUAAUUGGUCAGAAAAACAAGGGGAACAAUUGGGUGAUAUAUUAGUAUUAAAAACAAAAUUAAGUGAAGAAACUAAACGUUUGGAUACUUUACAUGAUGAGAAAAGACAAUUAAUAUUGAAUUUUGAACAAAGAAUAAAUGGUUUAAAAGAAGAAAAUCAAUCAUUUGCUCAUGAAAAUACAAGUUUAAAAGAAAAAAUUUCAAGUUUAGCUGAACAAUUAGAUAAUCAGUUACAAAAACAUGAUCUUACUGAAAGAAACUAUAAAGAAAGAGAACAAUGUUUACUAAACAAGAUGACCAAUAUUUCUGAAGAAUUAACUAGUAUCAAAAAAAUGAAUGAUCAGUUGAAUUCAGCAUUGGAGACUAGUAAACAAGAGAUAUUUGAGUUAAAGACCAUCAAAGAUUCACAAAAUGAAAUACAUCGGCAAUUGGAAAUUAAACUCCAGGAAAUGGAGAAAGAAUUCAAUGUUCAACAGUAUAAUAAAGAGUUGACAUUAGAGAAAGAAUUCAAAUUAUCAUUGGAGAAAAAAGAACUGGAAUUGCAACAAAUUAAAAGUCAAACAAAUCGAAAAAUUGAACAACUGACGUCAGAACUUAAACAAAAAGAAAGAGAAAACAUUGUUUUGCAAGAAGAACAUCGUCGUAUUAUGGAAACGAUGAAAGAGGAAAUUAACCAAUUGACUAAUAGCGUGAACAAUUCGGAGUCUGUUCGAGGAGAACUUGAAAAUCAAAUCCAAAGAUAUCAACAAGAAGUUAAACAACUUUACGCUACAGUUGAAAAAGAAUGUUGGGAGAGAGAUGAAUUAAACUCUGUAUUGGCUGAAACAAGGGAUCAGUUAAUGAAACUAAGUAAUUCCUCAAAGAAAUCUGAAUCAGAUCAGAGACAACCUAAUUUGCAUGAAAACCAAGAAGAUAGCCAUUUAUUACCACCAAUAUCUUCAUCGUCGGUAAAGUCUGAACAGUUUACCAAACGUACUCUUACAAAAAGUUCGAAGACUUCUAAUUCUAAUAAUGGUAUGGCAAGGCGCUCUUUCCAAAACUCUAAGAAUAUAAAAGAUACUUCUGGAUUGGCUGCUACACGAAGACAAAUUGCUGCCAUUAUCUCCGCAACAAAGUUCCGAAAUCAAUGACUAAAAAGUAAACUAAGCUGUAGAUGAGAUUUUUAAAAUAGCUUUAUUACUUACAUAUUUUUUUCUUUCAAUCUAAAAUAGUUUAAUGUACUCCUAGUCUUCACAACAAUGACAUCUUACAUAAAUGGGUGGUUACAAGCGAGG